AUGGCUUCUGCCGUGCGGCGUGACGGCAUCGGGGCCCUGUACUGGGGCUUCUUCGCCUUCUGCAUGGAGUCGUUCCCCUAUGACAUCAUGGAACUGGGAAGCUACGGCUCGAUGCAGGACGCGCGGGAAGCAGCCCUAAAGCGGGACGACGCGCUCGGGCGCCGCCUGGCGGCCGUGCCCAGCCAGGCCUUGGACAUGGCGAUCGGCGCGGCGUCUGGAGCAGCAGCGGUCGUCGUCAGCAUGCCCUUUGACGUCGUCAAGACUUACCUGCAGACCCACGGCUCCCAAGUCGCGGCCAAGGCGGGUGGCGGCGUCUGGGGGGAGGCUGUAGCGUUUGCGUCCACCGGCGCGAGCAUGGUCCGGGCCAAUGGCCCCGGCUCUCUUUUCGUGGGCCUGGCCCCGCGCUUGGUCCAGCAGGUCCCCAGCAGCACCAUCUGCUGGUACGUGAUAGAGCAGUGCAGGGAGCUGCUGGAGCCCUACACAAAGGCAUGA